AAGGCGCAUGUUUUACGUGCAACACAACUUUAUUUAUUUAAAUGUUGAACUCGAAACACAGCAUGACGGAUUUGUGUCACAGCUCAUGCGCGGUGUGUGUACGGAUUUUAUAAUUGCUCGCUAGUAAACACUACUGUCAUUUCCAAGAAUCGGGGAAUUUAAUACGGAUGUACGGAUACCAUUUCAUCAUGGUGAAGAGCUGCAGACAGUAAAGUGAGCGUGGAUUUGCUAUAGAAUAAUAAUUUAGUUCGACUUGGCACUGCGCUGGCCUCUUUCUUUCUUCAGAUCAGACUUCAAAAAAGUUAUCCCAUCUGGUUUAAGCACCUGAUCCCAUCUGAGAAGUUGAUUCCAAUCGCCACUGCCGGGAAUAACAUCUGUGACGGGAUUAGCCAUGAAACGGACAAUUGGCGAUGAUUGAUAUCGUCUCUACUUUGGAGAGAAUCUCAACCCAAAUUUUUUUCUAGAAAAUUCCAGUUCAAGAAUUCCUGCAUUUUUGUACUUCUUGUACUCAAAUAAUUUUUUAAAGGCUGUUAAUAAGUUCGAAGAAAGAGGUAGUAUUACCACAUUUUUUUUAAGACACUUAAUACGUGCAAAGAUAGAGAUAGUAUUACCAUGGCAACAGCACCGGAUAUGCAUCAUCCUCCCUCAGGGAAGAGCAAAAAGAGCAAGAAGAACCGCUGUCAGAGCGGACCACCUACUGCUUUGAUGCCUAAUAACACAGCCAUGAGCGGGGCUGUGGGCGGGGCUCCUGGACAGGCAGCAACACGCCAGCUGGAAUUCCAUCAGGCUAUGGCAGAUUUUAAGACCAUGUUUCCAACCAUGGACAAGGAUGUGAUAGAAACAGUACUUCGAGCAAACAAUGGUGCAGUUGAUGUUACUAUAGAUCAACUACUAACCUUGGCUGCUGAUAUGCCUCAACAGACAACCGAGCCUCCUCAGCAUCCUCAACUCCCUCAAUACGGAGAUCCGAUGAAUAUGGGUUUUAGUAGCCCCCCGCCAGGCACCACACCCAUGACUCCAGAUAGAGGAGGACUUCCAGCCAUGGUGGACAAGCCACCUCCUUACUCCCCUCCAUCACCCAACAGUCCAUUCUCACAGGAAAUGCGCAAAAGGCAACUUCCCGCAACUCCGAUGCAAAGCGGGCCACCUCAGUCAUCACUAACUCAGUUCACUCCGACCCCCUCAGGGAUGGCCCAAAUGCCACCCCCAUCCUCUCUGUUUCCCAGUCGACCUGGUGCUGGGACCCCUCCUGCCGCUGCCGCGGUACCAAGACACUCCAGAUGGAACCCUCCGCUACUUGGGAACCUUCCGUCGGACUUUCUUAGAGUGGUGCCAGCCAAGACAACUCAGGGCGCUUCAGUUCCACAUCAGCAGCAGAGUACAAUGGUAUCUGCCGAUCUCCGGCAGCGAAUGGAGAAGAAUGUAAGACAACGUAAGAGCAUUGAUAUCAACGAUGUAGAGAUGCAGCAGAUGCUUGAAGACGAGAGAUUCGCUCUGACUCUACAGAACGAGGAGUUUCUAACGGAGCUCCAGAGAAACCCGGAAUUCAUCGCCGCUCUCGACAACGAUUAUUCACAGUCUGUGACGGCCGCCGCUGUCCCGCACCAAUUUCCUGAAUCAUCUAGAGGGAGUAUCCAGGCCAGCCAAGCCAGACCAGGUGCCUUGCCCCAGGCAGGGGCAGCUGGGGGCAUCUCAGCUGAUGAUGUUGAGUUUAGGAAUAAACUCUCUCACAUGGGAAAGACCACAAGGUACAAGUUCACUCAAAUGGCAAAGAAGUUCAACAAGAAGAAGAAGAGCUCAAAACCUCAACUUGAUGGGUUACCGGCUGCAUCAACAAUGAAUCUCCUUGAUGACUAUGAUGCGAAUGGGGACAGUGCACUGCUGGGUACCAGGCAAGAAGUCCAGGAGAAUUUCUACAGCGAUUCAAAGAAGCAAAAGUCCCCAAAGAAGAAAGUCCGAGACUUUGAGGAGCCGAUAAUCUUCUACCAAGAAGACAACGAGUUUGCUCUGCAUGAAGAGAGCUAAUGUUAGAUUGCUAUUGAGCCAAUUAAUGCAUCUAUGUGCUGGCAUGCUGUGUAUGUAUAAAUGUGUGCUGUAGUAUUAGACAUGUGUAAACAUGUAGAGUAGUGUCUAUAGUU